AUGAGCGUGGCUAGGAUUUUUGGCCGGACGACCAUAUUCAGAUGCGAAAACUCGUUAAGAAAUCUUUCAACUAGCAAGCCUCCUAGUGAAACAAAGGAGACCGAGAACGAGUCAACAAAACCCCAAGGUUGGAUCUCUAAGCUGUUUGUUGGGCAGCAAUACGAUCCUGAGGGCGCUCAAAAACAAUCUCACUCCUCGCUUCUUUCUGCGUCCGAUUAUGUUUACGAAAUUACAACUCACAACUUUCGUCCUGGGUCAACUGAGAAAUAUCUUGAUUGCUUCGGUGAAUAUAAAAAGAAUCUAGAAAAGACACUACCUUCUGUUGAGCUGGUCGGCUCUUGGAACGUAGCUUAUGGCCGAACCAAGGAUCAGGCGAUUCAUUUAUGGCGCUAUCACAAAGGCUAUUUAGAUGUUGAUUCGUCAAUCGACGUGCUUUCACGUGAUUCAAAUUUACGAGCAACUGACAACGAGCUAGCUGCUUUGUGUGGGCGGAGAAAAUCUGUUCUUGUAAAAAGUUUCUCCUACUGGGGUGAACCCAAGCCACGUCCGGAGCGUCAUGUCUACGAUUUGCGCAGCUACGUCCUAAAGCCUGGCUCAAUGAUUGAAUGGGGUAAUGCAUGGGCAAAGGGCAUCACCUAUCGACGAGAGCAUAACCAAGAUGUGGGAGGAUUCUUUGCACAGGUCGGUCAGCUUUAUGUGGUCUAUCAUAUUUGGGCAUAUCCCUCUAUGAUCGGUCGUAACGAAACACGAAACUCUACUUGGGCAAAACCGGGCUGGGAUGCGACUGUUGCAUAUACUGUACCAUUGAUUGAGAAAAUGCAAUCGAAGAUCCUGACCGCAACGAAAUAUUCUCAAUUAAAA